AUGAUACUUCACAUCGAUACCUAAGUGCUUACAAGAAGACAGAGGAAGGGGCGAGCACAGCGGAUUCGGACACCAAACCACGUUGCUCGAGGGUUACGCGAGAGAUUUACCAUUCCAAAGCUACACUCAUACUUUCUGACUCGUGCUCGUGUGGAUGUGACGCCAUGGCAGUUUCCUAGAGUGUGUUUGUUCCGUCACCCGAAUCAUGCCUGCGUCCGUAGAUCAGGGGUACGUAUGGAGCGGUAGUGCUGCAGCCUGGCUUUCGUGCCGUGUCGUUCAGUCCGGCGAUGCCGGGAUACUGGUUCGAUACAGCACCAAGCUCGAUUCCGACGACGAUUGGUAUGAGAAGUUUCUCACGCCUGCUGCGCAAAGGCGUUUGUUUCGCACAGAUGAGCCGACUCCGGAUCUCAAGGCGAAGUCCGGCGACAGCUUUGGGUCCGCGGAGAAACGCGAUAGUGGUACGAAACUUGAGCUAGCGCCCGUGCUCCCGACGCGAAAGAGGGUGAUCAGCAGUGUCAAGGCGGUGCCGGUUCCACCAAGAAGUACCGAAGACACCACCAAAGGACCACAGUCUUCAGGCCAUGCUGCAACAGCGAAAGCUAGUACAGAAUUUCACCAACCCCUUUCUGUACCUGUCAGAAUCGUUCCCCUCCCGGGGAAUUUCAGGUCCGGCUCAUCAUCAUCGUCGUCGUCUUCUGCCACAAAAAGCAACGUAGAUUUUCUGCUUAUUCCCAUACUUAGGAGUUUCAAUACUGUCAUCGAUCCUCAUGUUGAGUCGAUACGGAAACGGAUAAAAGGAGAUGAGUUUCUUGACGUGAAGUUCCGCGAUCUUUCGGAUGAAAUACCAAGUCACGACGAGAGUCUCUGUCUUACUGGCUUUCGGGGCAACUAUAAUUGCGAGCAUGAUCAUGCAGUCGAUCCAUUAUAAGUAUAUAAAAUCAAGAUCUUCAAGAAAUCUUCUAAAUCAGGACGAAAAGCGCGGCAGUGGUGGCUUGGAACCUGUUGACCUUCCUGGAGGUCAUGGGAAAUCUUUCGGGACGUCCGCAUCUAGUUCGAGCUCCUCUAAGGCUCCAUUGUUGCACGUCAGCACCACCAACGACGGCACCACCCCGAAAGAUCCACCUCUGCGCUUGAGUUUGGUAAAGGACCUCAGCCGUCCUCGCGGGCGGUCAAAAAGUGAGAGCUCCACGGGGACAGUGCAACUCUACGAGCGCCUGCAGCAGGACCGUAUCAUGGUUUUGUGCUUCCUUCGUUUCAUGAAUUGGAUGGUCACCGAGGAGCGAUCGACAUCUCUGUCUACAUUCAGUGCAACUUUUUUUCCUCUCCGUUUGGUCAACAAGAAUUUUUUUAUUCAAAAAAACAGAUAGCGCCAGGCCGAGCGUGCAGGAAGACGUGAUAGACGAAAACAAGGUUCCAGGCUCGAAGGAACUCACCGGCGACCUGGCCCGCUUGGUGCUGAAGAAGGCCUUCGAGCUGGGCGAUCCCACGGAAGACCUACUCAGCCAGGCAGAUCGGUGCGCCAACGGGUUCCAGGUCCACGGAGUUCUGUACAAGGUGCGCAGCACCCUGCAGAAACACGACCGGCGGAUCGCCGCGCUCCGCCAGCGGCUCGUCGCGCUCACCUGCUCGUCAGACCAGCAGCAGUCCUCCCGCGCGCCACCCGAAAAGAUCAGCGUCAGCCCAGUGGAGCAGCAGCCGCCGGUCGAUAGUCUCGGCGGGCGGGAAAUCGACGUGGUGGUGAAGGAUGACGAAGCGCAGGAAGUGGAGCUCUGCUCCUCCGCAGAGCAGCGGUUGGCGGAAGAGAAAAAAGAGAUCAAGCGCGAAGCCAACCGCAUCCUUUUUCAGCUCGCGGGGCUGAAAGAGAGGCUCGCAAUCUGCAAGGCGAAAACGGCACCGAGAUUUCCGCAGUACAAUACCGCGGUGCAGGAAAUCUCCACUUUGCAGACGCUGCUAGAGUACAGCCUCGGGAGGUGCCAGGGCUGCAAAGUUGCGCUGGAAACGGCAACGCUAAAGCUGAUGCCAAACGUCGAGUGGAACGCCGAGGGAGAUAAGUAUUUUGUGCUUGUUUUCGUGCUCACGGUCAUGAUGCAGCGCAAGAUGGCUCUGAAGCGUUCUUGUUUUUCUCGUUUUUCCCGGCGCAGGGAUGCAGGGGUUUGCACCACUUCAACAUGAUCACUGGUUCCCUUUCACAGAAAAAACUAGCCAACCCACUUCUACGAUCAGGUAUACCCUGCACCUGUGUCCGAAUCCUGGCAGUAAUUUUCCCAUGUUUGUGCCCGACAUUGACGGGGAAGUGCGGGGCAAGCGUGGUAGCUUCACGCUUCAACGCGCCGGUGGGAGCAAAAAAAGCAGCCCGAAGAAAGACGCGGACGAGCAGGGAGAACUGAACACGAAGAAACUAGGAUCGGUUCGCCGGGAACAGAUUCUGAACGCCAAGGACGAGGCGCUGUACGAUUUGUACAGUGGAAUCGACGAAUCGCAAAAGUACCCCUACCACUGCAAGUUUCAAACUACGGACGGGGGGCACAGUGUAUUUCUAUAUUUUGCUUCAAGCUUUUGAUUUGACGCAAGGACUCGCGUCAGCUUCCUCGAGUGCGACCAGCCUGCCCUCUUAGUGCCCUGCAAAUUUGCUCACAUCAUCGUAGUGUCCUGUAAAUGUGCUCACAUUGAACACUUUAUUGACUGCAGGUGUUGAUCCUCGGUUUCGACUACGGCGAUCCGGAACUUGGCAAAGAGCAGAAAUUUGGCGAAGUUUACAACAUGUUUGGAGAAACCGUUGCCGAGCUCUUCCUUUUCCACGACCGGCAUGUAUUGACGUGCCAGCUCGUCCCCGGUAUUCAGCACUACGACCCGGGGCUGGUGAUGAUGGCGGCCGUGCUGGUUGGCUCCGCGGUACCACCCCUGGCGAAGCAGAGCAGCCCAAAAAAGUGAAGUGAUACCUGUCAAUGGAAGUCACUGACCGGCGGGUCGUGUACUUGUUGUGUCGUGGUAUAUCACCCACUGAGGCAUACGCACAGGAAUUCUGUUGUUAUUUCGAUCUCUCUCUCUCUCAAAGACUCGCGAGAUUCGUUUAUCCUUUUCCAUAGUUUUCUUUUCACACAUGAUUCCGAUUCGCAUGUUGGUCGGCUCGCAAACCCGACUUCUCACGCACAUGAAAGCCUGUCUGUAUUUGUGAGACAGCACAGCAUAAUGCGCAGAUUUUUUCAAACUCAAACAUCGUUAUCGUUUUCGCUUAGAGGAAUGGUAGUAUCCGUGGACACCAAACAUUGAAAGGAAUCAGCAGGGAAAACUCAAACUAUGCAUAAUAAAUACCUGCUUGCUCUAGCUCUGCCGCAGAGCCACAGGCUUGCAAGAGUGGCACGGAGCCAACACUGAGUGACUUACGGUCUUGGCAGCAUUACUAGCUAACGCUAUCUAAUCCUACCACUGGUCGGGACCAAAGUAGUGGAGCUUUGUAGCAGUUGCGAG